AUGGUUUAUGUUAAUGAUUUAGCAAGUAUCGUAAAAAGGAUUUUGAAUCAAGACCAUAAGAUAGGAAGAUUUUUGCCUUAGAUUAAGAGAAUAUUACUAAGAAAAAUUUAAUUAGAAUAAUUGCUAAAUAUUUAGGGAAUGGAAAUACAAAAAUAGUACAUAUUGUUCUGA